UCAUCAUCAUCAUCAUCAUCAUCAUCAUCAUCAUCGCCGUUGCUGUUGCUGUUUUUGUUGCUGUUGUUGUUGGCGUUCCCGUCGGCAUAGUCUGCAGGUACGUCCGGGUGUAUCGAUUCAGCCGGAACGCGCGUAGAGGAUGUGUGUCUUGCGUGUGUAGGCGCGGAUUCGAUACUGAGACGCUGGUCGCUCCUGAGGGGUUUGCGUGGGUGGGUUGGAUGGGGGUGCUGCGCUGCGUGAUCUUUCUCUUCUGCUUCUUCUUGUUCUUGUUCUUGUUCUUGUUCUUGUUCUUCUUCUUGUUCUUCUUCUUGUUCUUCUUCUUGUUCUUGCUCCUGUGCUCUCCAGGCGUCGUCGGAGAGAGCUUGCGCGGCGUCCAGCGCUUCGAUGGCUUGGAUGUCGCGCUUCCUCGUCCCGUUCGUUCUCUUCGUCGCCAUACUCCCGUCGUUCUUCUUGCUGCUCUUCUUCCACCCCGUCUCCCUGGCGCCAACCCUCCCCCUCAGCCGACCCAACCCCUCACACAGCUUCCCCGCCAUGCCCUUCAGAGCGCUGAGUUCGCGAGCGAGCCACUCGAGAUCUACAUCUCCACCUCCACCUCCAUUGCCAUCUCCAUCCCCACCUCCAUCUAUAGCAUUCCCAUUCCCUCCUCCAUCUCCUUCUCCUGCUUUGCGACUAGUUCGUGGAAGGCGAGAUGCCGCAUCGAUGCCGUUGAGCUUGUUGACCGCGUCGAGCGAGUCCGUCAGGAAGGCGAGUGUGGACGUGAGGGAGGCGAGGUGCGUUGUCAGUGUCUGUGCGGUGGGAUUAGUUAUUACAUCCUUGUGGAGAAAGAAGGACAGAAGGGUGCGGUGCGGGAACCAGGACGCGCGGAGGAAGGGUUAAAUAUUUGGAGGAGGAAAUAGGAGGGAAUUAUGAGAGAGGAGAGACGUACCUCAACAUCCAGAAUCGGCGCC